AAAGCCACACGAGACGUAGCUAGCGGGGUGCGAAGGAAUAAACCGCCGACGUAUUGGCGCCUCUCAGGCCAUCCUUGAAAUAGCCUGCGCUUCCUCGGUUUGCCUAUGCCGAGUUUACUGUCUUCAUCAAACGUCGGAACUCACAAUGGGCAUCAGCAAAGCAGACACAUCGAGCAAGCAUGCAGGAGAAGAUCACCUCGCGGCGGUCCUCCCUUCAGGUCCUGCAUGGUACAAGCAGCCUCACUUGGUGCGACUCAAUCUCAUCAUCCUUUCAUUGGUUAUGUUCUCAUCCGCCAAUGGCUUCGACGGAUCUCUCAUGAACGGUCUUGAAGCCUUGGACCAGUGGAAAUCUUUCAUGAACAAUCCUACCGGGGCAAAACUGGGAUGGCUGAAUGCCAUCUACUGGCUUGGCUGCGGCAUUGGCUACCCAAGUGCAUCCUGGAUUGCCAAUCGAUAUGGGCGCAAGCCAGGCGUCUACCUUGGAUACGUCUUCUUGACGCUGGGCUGUGCUCUCCAGACUGCUGCCCCCAAUGCAACUGCGUUUAUGCUUGCUCGUCUCUUUCUGGGAGGCGCGUCUGCCCUGUUCGGCAAUGCCGUUCCUCUGCUCAUCAACGAAGUCGCCUACCCGAGUCACCGCAGCAUUUUCAACUCGCUGUUCAUGUCUGGGUGGUAUGUCGGUGGGACAGUCGCUGCUUGGGUCGUCUUUUCGUCUCGUACCUACAGCUCCUCUUGGGCUUGGCGACUCCCUUCUGUCCUCCAGGCCCUAGUGCCUGUUGUUGGAUUACCAGGGUUCCUUCUGGCCCCGGAAAGCCCUCGCUGGCUGAUCUCAGUAGGCCGCAAUGAGGAGGCUCGGGCAAUCCUUACACGCUAUCACGCGGCUGGCGAUGAGAGCUCUCCCCUUGUGGCAUAUGAAUUCUCCGAGAUCACUUCGACCAUCCAAGCGGAGCAAGAAGCCCACAGCAGUGGCAGCUACUUAGAGAUGGUGAAGACUCCGGGAAACCGAUGGCGCCUGAUGAUCUCUAUUACUUUGGGACUAUUCGCGCAGUGGACCGGCAACGGAGUGAUCUCGUAUUACCUGUCGCUCAUCUUGGACUCGAUCGGAAUUACCACUGUCCGUGACCAGACGCUCAUCUCGGCCUGUCUGCAGAUGUGGGAUCUCAUCUUUGCUGUUUUAGGAGCGUUUCUGAUUGAUAACUUUGGUCGCCGUCGAAUGUUCCUUUCCUCGGCGGGCAUCAUGUUCGUCAGCUACGUGCUGGUGACAGCGCUCUCAGGAUCUUUCCAGACCACUAACAACGCGGCCACGGGGGGUGCUGUGAUCCCGUUCCUUUUCAUCUACUUUUCAGGAUACUGCAUUGCUUUGACCCCGUUCUUAACUUCGUACCCCUGCGAAAUCUGGCCCUACCGACUGCGAUCCCGCGGUCUGACCGUGACCUGGGUGGCGACGAUUAUCGGCAUGUUCUUCAAUACAUUUGUGAAUCCGAUUGCUCUGGAUGCGAUUGGGUGGCGGUAUUACAUUGUGUUUAUUGUGGUGCUGGUGCUGUUUGCAGUGACUGCAUUCUUCUUCUACCCAGAGACAAAGGGAUACUCGCUGGAGCAGGUGGCGGUGAUCUUCGAUGGGCCGGUAGAGAGGGAAGAGGAUGAAGAGAAGCGGUUCGAAGAGAAGAAGGUGAAUAGUGUUCAUGAGGAGAGAGUUGCGGCCUGAUACUAUAUACGACGAAUGAUACUACAAUCCUUGAUCCAACACCCGCUCCACCUCCGCAGGCAAAUCAUAGCCAAACACCUCCUGCUGCUGCCUCGCAACCAACCCAGGAAAGAACCCUGCCCACAUUAGCACGAUCCUCUCUCAACACCCCAAGGAAUAAACAUACCCAUAACCCACAUCACCCAAUACAUCACCCACUCC